CACUUUCUGCGUUCAAAACAACUGGGAACGAGGAACUCGUGAAGCUCCGACUUCAGUGCGUUCAAAACAACUGGGAGCUCGGGAAUAAUAACUCAGUCUGGGGAAAAUCAUUUUGUACCGUCAUCCAAUUCGGAAUUCCACUUGGACCUCUUUCUCUUUAUUUGACUUCCUAUUUUCCGAGUUCCCAGUUGUUUUGAACGCGGCAACUGUGCCUUGGCAUUACACGUCCAUGACGUUCAUAACAACGCACUUUCGUAUUUAUCAGUUCGUAAUGUCAGAGAACUUGGUAGUGACAUAAAACCCUCUUUCGCAAACUAGCUACAAUGCUGCCGCCUGAAUUGAUACAGCUUUUGACAGCGAGUGAUUUGGUUGAUUUACGAAUCGACGCAAUUCCUAAAUUGCAGGUGGGCUUUAGACCGGGGAGUUUGUUCAGUUCGUUCACAUCACAGGACGGGGAGGCGAAGUUAACGUUCACCUAUAUUCCACAUCAAAUACUGCUCAACAAGGACCACGAGUUCUUUGAGGAUGGAGACAUACAUAGACACCUGUACCUCCAGAACCUCUCUACCUGCCCAGCUUAUGACUCACCUACAGCCAGGCAGUGUGAGUUCAGGUGUCAUAUAUCUGGCUGUAGCCAGGUGUUCAGUACUGUGGAGGACUAUGAGCAUCACUAUAACACGCUCCACAGACACGUGUGUUCUUCCUGCCAGAGGUCGCUGCCCUCCGCUCGCCUGCUCGACAUCCACAUCCAGGAGUGGCACGACUCGCUCUUCAGUAUUCUGGCUGAAAGGCAGGACAUGUACCAGUGUCUAGUGGAGGGGUGUGGUUUGAAGUACAGAACCAGAGAACAGAGGAAAGACCAUAUGAUCAAGAUCCAUAAGUACCCUUCUGACUUCAUGUUCGACAAGGCGAAGAGGAUCAAGAAUAUCAAAAUAGCGAAGAAGAAUAUGCUGCAGAAAGGCACAAGUAUGGAGGUGUCCAUGAGCGUGAGUGAACCUAAGGGUGUGUGUGAGGUGUUGUCUGACCAACCAGAGGAAGAGGAAUAUAUGGAGAUAAAUCACUCUCUGGAACCAGGUAUCCUGGACCCUGCCGGUAACCCAAUUAACACAGUAGAGCUGUCCACAGAUCAUGAUACUGCCCCAAUCCCCUCUGUCACCAUCCAGCCCACCACAAACCAACAGAGACCACAGCACAACAGAGAGAGACACUCCUACAGGGUUCCUAGGACGGUGUGUUUCGGCCAGGGUUCUGUCCAAGGGUUCAGAGGUCGUGGCAGGAGGAUUUAGAGAAUCUUUAAAGGUGAUGAGUCUCAGACAGGAUGCGACCCUUGCAUCGGUCUGGUCUGGCGUGUGUUUUAAAAAUAAUAUUUUCGACAAUAAAUCAUGUUUGUUUAACUCAA